AGAUCACGCCGCCGUUAUAGCAGCUAUUGCCUGCUGCUUAUGUUGCCGGACCGCGGUUCGUCCCUUGGACAUGAGCUGUUGUGAGCUGCAUUUACAGACAGUUAUAUGGACACGCUGAUCCGCGCACAUCCCAUGACAGUGCGGCGAUAUAGAAAGAUAGAGGGGCGUUCGAACGGAGCCAUAUUGGCGGAAAGGGGCAGUUCAACUCGCGCCGGCUUUCACUUGCUCUUUACGUUGGCAGGUUAAAACCACGGGCAGUGACGCGCACCGUUAUAGUUCUGCACACGGCAAAACCGCUCCGAACCACGUUUAACCGAUAAAAACAACCAAGUCAAAUAGCAGAUUGAAUGGAUUGAUCACAGGUGCAUGCGACCUCAAACUCAGGCGUGUCUAUCUGCUUUGAGCUAUUGUUAAUGAUAGGGGCCAUUACAUAGAGAAAUUACCAAGUAGACGAGUGCACGCGAAAAUUAAGGGCAACAAUAUUCGAAAACCGACAGCAACUCGUGUGUAUGCCAGUGACGUUCGCAUGUACGUGACAGUAUCAUAGUCGAAAAGGAAACUGUUUCGUAGUGAAGCCCUUCUUUGGAGUACCAUCGAGUCAGUGCUUUGUGUAGCAGAAGCUGCUGUGUAGUAGAAACACAUUAACGGCCAUUGAGUGCUCUGUCGGGAAACAUGCUGUGUCGUUUCAUAGCACCGCUCUUGCAGCUCUUAGUGGAGGUCCUUGCUAAAACGUACCUAACGCAGCACCCUGUGCUCGCAGGCCAUUAUGAGCCAGAAGUGGUAAAAGUGGUUCACAAAGUUGUACCGGUAUUUCAUCCAAUUCCCGUACCGAAACCUUAUCCGGUACACAAGGUUGUGCCAGUUCCCCAUAUCAUCAGAGUGCCUCACCCAGUCGCGGUACCGUACAAAAUGCCCGUCGUCAAAAAAAUACCGAAAAUAGUACAUAUGCCCAAGGUUGUCUACAUCCCGAAACCCUUCCCGGUCCCGCAUCACGUCCUGCUUCCGGUUCAUGUUCCAGUAUACAAAGACGUACCUGUGCCAAUUUACAAACAUGUUCCUGUGCCAGUUACCAAGCACGUUCCCGUUCCCGUCAAGGUGCCUAAAUAUGUGCUGGUCCCGAUCCACAAGGUCAUUCAUGUUCCUCAGCCUGUUGCAGUUCCCGUGAAGGUCCCUGUCUUCAAAGAGAUUGUUGUUAAAAAGCCUGUCGAGGUUUCAGUCCCCGUCUAUAUUAAGAAGCACAAAUAUCAAAGUCAUGGAUAUAGUGGCUAUGGUGACAAUCACCAAUGGUAAAACCGGACUGUAACCCGGGUAGCUAAGUAUUGGUAACACACGAAUACACAGACCUCGCUGGUACAUUAUCGCUCAACUAUUGAAUAAACAACAGCGAUAACACGGCUAAACGGGCGACCUCCUUUGAUAUUUUGUAAUUAAUAAAGAUGAAAGCGGAUUGUUAAUUCUACAUGAUUGAAUGACGGGGAGGUUUUAUAAAUAUACAUGCUGAAAUUGAUGUUUAGCAAGCAGCGUUAAACAUCUGUUUGUGUUACAGAGGCCCAGAAUAGGGACACGCAUAAACACACACGAUAAUAACAAUAAGCUUCUAGAGUGCUAUGUACACUUGAUUAUCAGCAAAUGAAAAACAAUAGAACUUCUGUAAUAGCCUUACAAUCAUAGGAAGUGCACAUCGUCGUUGUUGUACCGACAUUUUGCUAUAUAUAUAUAAUGUGCCUUGGAAAAUUUGACGUUCUGUUCCUGACCAGUGAUCUAUUUCCUUCAACGGUACAAAAAACAACUUAUUACUGACGGAUUCUAUUAUGGUUGAUUAUAAUACUAAAUUAUCUUAUCACCUGCAUCAUUAAAUUAAGCGUAAUUCCAGUGCACAAAACAAGUGAUGCUAUUUAGGCCGUUUCUAAGGCUCUCUGUUAUUCGGGAUCAAGUUAAAGUGAGGCUGCGUAAACACGCACGAGAGGGCAUAACAAACUAUCGUUACAAGCAUCAUAAGUGAUUUUUGCUACGGGUUAUUCUAAUGUCCUGAAAAAAGUCUCUAAUGCGUGAAAGUACACGAGUGUCUAGCAGCGGAGGACAUCCAUCCAAUCUAACCCGUCACAAAAGCCUUGCCGUACGAUACGUAAUCGUGUUGGAGUGGAACCGCUGGCGCAAGAUGUGUUUCGACUCUAACCGUUAAGUUGUAUCUACGACACGGUGGUAAGUUAUCAGUGGCCGCUAUAGGCCCUGUCUAAUUGACGGCCGGAUUUAGUUGUUGUUAGUGUGAAAUGAAGGACAGCUUUCUGCUAAUUGUUCUUUCUAUCUUUGUCGAUACCAUUGUUACGAUGAGGAUGGUUGAAUGCAUGGUGUCUGAUAGUUGCCUGUUUCCUGCACACAAGCCAUGUAUUGUUAUUAAUAAUAAUAAUAUUAUUUGUAUUUACUUGACAAGUAUAUAGUACAAUAUAGCAUUUUGAUUUGCUGACAAUUGUUUCCUCAACUGGACCACAACUAGCUGAUCGUGAAUCUUAAUAAUUAUUAGUCAGGAAUUAAAGAAUGGAAAAGGAGUUGAUGACGAAAAUGCAAAACAUUACAGGAAGCAUCGAAAAGGAAGCGUGCCUUAUGCUUUUGGUCGCGGUUUGUUGUAAACGUUUGACAAAAAUCAAAUCUCUAUUGUUUUUUUGUAUGGUUAAUGAGGACAGUAACUGCAAUCUAGUGUGUGUAUAUAUACUGUACAUUUAGGCGCCAAGUUGCGCAAUUUAUAGGGAGCCAUGAGAGCGUCCUUGGAGCAAGCGACACCGCUAUUGAAAUCGCGUUAAAACUAUAGUUCUGUUAAUAGUAAU